AUGGCUACACCUCGUUGUCGCAGUCGUCAUAGUUCUUUAGGUCACCUUCAUCUUAGCUCGGGCGAAAUCGAGCUCUAUUCACGUCAAGAUGAGAUAGCGCGUCGACGACAUCGACUCUUGUCUAUACGUGAUCAGGAGCGACGCUUAGCGCAGCAAGUGACGCAGCGCUACCGUGAAAACUUGCACAAGUUGCAGUGCAGCAAGCGCAAACGGACACAACAACAGCUUAACGUAGAGCGGCAAGCUUUAUUAACAGAACUUGACACAAAAUACAAGAACUCGUUGCAAAAUGUGGGAACGGCGCAGCGCUAUGCGCGACUGAAGCUGGUAGAACUUCUGGAACAGGCUCAAAAUGAAGAGGACAAGUGGGCGUACAACCGCCAAGUUGCAGAAAAAUGGCGAGUUAUGCAAGCUAAAGAAGCUCAGAGUCAUGAAGAAGAAGGGAAGAUGGCAAGACGGCAACAGAUACAGCAGAAGGUUGAGAGAUGGAGGCUUGCGAGUAGCAAACAGAGACAGCAAGCCAAUGCACGGGCACAACGAGAUCGACAUGUAGCAGCUCAACGAGCUGAAGAUCUCAAGCAGAUUGAAACGCUCAAUAAGAUGCAAAGAUCAAAAGAUGUGAUACUUAUGCCAAAACUACGUGAGAAAGAUGUAUUGUCGUAUCAGUAUUCAAGGAUUCAUUGUCUUGCACCGACGUUAAAUGUCAAGAGACCUGAACCAGCAGUAAUUUGCCAUAAUCUAUCUCACCCCACGGCAAUUCGUGAAAAGGAAGAGGCGAAAAAGUUUCUUGAUGCCUUGGAUCUAAAAAGGGAACAAGAUCGAUUGAUUAAAAAAAAUCAGCUGGAUAAAGCGGUGGAAAGAGGAAAACAGGCGUCAGAGAAAAUCGUUUCUAAACAACAAGGAAAACAGGCGGUGGAAUGGCUUGCGAUGGUGGAUCAAAUGGAACGACGGGCACGUGGACGAACAUUAGGCGAAAAUGUCGAUAAUUUUCAUGUGCGAGAACUUGGAGAGCGUGACAAUCCAGAAAAUAUGACUGAGCAAAAAUUCGCACAGCUGUUUGAGUUAAAUGGCGACUCGAUUGAGUUGUCUGAAUUUUCUAUUGAAACGGAUGAUGACCAGCUUGUAUGUGGGAGUCGUAAGGGGUUAAAUGGAGAUAAAGUGGCAGCGGUAGGCAUCGAUGCCAAUAUCACGCUAAAAGUUCCAAUAGUUAGUGAUGUUGACAGCGUACGUGAUCAAGUUGAUGCUGCAAAAGAUGAUUUGCAUGCUUCAGAUGGGCAAUUUGAUGUUAGUAUCGAGUCUUCUUCGCCAGCAAAGUCAACCGAAAAUCUGAAGCACGAGCAGUUAAACGAUCUCAAGUCAGCAAACGAUACUCGUGAAAGAGUUGGCUUAGGUGAUUAUUUGAAUGAUGAUGAUGAAAAUGUAAGCAACAAAUCGCAAGCCAGGAAGCAGGUGAAAAAGGUUGUCGAUAAUAUGAAAGCCAACACAGCUGUGGGUAGUUUGGAUACUGAAGUUGAUCAGGUUGAUUUUGUGGUCAGAGAUGUGGAAUCAGAAAAAAGCUUAGUCGAACAAGAAGGUCAAUACUUGCAAGAUGGUCUUCAUCUACGGUCGUCAAAGCCACGAAUACACCGAACCGAGAGAAUACCUGUUAUUUCAAAUGCCAAGCUCGACCAGUUUGUAAAUUUAUUUGAAAAGGUUGCUGCCGAAAUUUGUCAAAGUGAUCAAAUGUCGGAUCGGCUCUCCAGUGCAAGUGACGGUGACAGAGAGGGAAGUGUCAAGGCUGUGCUAAUCUCGUCCAAAGACAGUAAUAAAUCGCUGUUAUCAAAAUCUUCCAUUGAUGCUGCAAAUCACAGUACAUCUUCAGUAAACAAAGCCGCCUCAGUGCAGAAUAGCGAUGAUAACUAUCACAAUUCUCAACACUGCGCUAAAGAAGAACGUGAAAACUCGUUUCUUGAUGCUGUACGGAUCUGUAAAGGCGAAGAGUCCGUGCAUGGUGACCAAGAUGUUGAUUCAUCAAAUAAUGCCAUUCAAGCGAAAUAUGCCAAUGACAUUGAUUUAAAGUAUUCAUCAUCUUACAGAUCAGACAAGCACGAAGAGUUAAGCGAGUCCGCCGAAAGUGUGUACAAAAAGCACGAAAAGCUUCACAGCGCGUCAAUAAACUCAAUACAGAGCAAAGAGAAGCCCACAAUUAUCUCCACACACAUAAAUAACGACAAGUUAUCUUCAAUUUCGCGAAAUUCUUACGCUGGAAACAAAUCCCGGAAUUUUGCUGAGCAUAAUAAUUCUGACAUUCCGCAGUCAACCGAUGACACGAAAUCAAGACAUGAGCAAGCGGUAACAUCUGGUGCUGAAGAGAAAAGCGACAACGCUCAGAUUAUUGACGGCCACAACUCUCCCGAAAUGGCCAUGAAUGAAGAUGAAGAUUCGGCAUCAGAUAUGUCUUUCAACUUAAGUCAGAAAUCUCUUUCGCGUCUUGAUCAAGUUGUGAAUGAUAAGUCAAAAUCGCUUAGACAGCGGUAUAUAAAUCAGCACAUCAUGUCUUGCUCUUCGUCAAAUAGUCAAACCGACGAAGAAAGAGAAAUUGUCGACAACGAAGACUUGAGUUCAUCUUUCGGUAGUAAUCACGUGCACUCCACUGUAAAUUAUAGUUCCGAUCCAUAUCGCCAGCAAAUCAAACAUUACGCACGACGAUCCAGCACAUCAGCCGUUUCUAUCGCGCAGUACUCAUUGCCUCCUUCAGACUCUCAAAGCUCAUUCGAUGACAGCUUUCAUCGAGUGCACUCUGAAAGUGGUGAUGAUAGCUUUGUCAAUGAGUUGGUGCCGAUAUUCCCGACACGCACGCCCUCGCGAACUCUUCACGCUAACCAAACAGCGGAAGCUUAUGACGACCAGUUGGUCCCACAAAAUAUGAGCAAUAUCCAGACGAAGGCGCAGCAAACGUUGGAACGGAGCAGACAAUAUGUGAAUCAGAAUGAGCCUACGACGGACCGUUUGGCUGCAUCUGCGACAGUUCGGCGUGUGCUAAAGAAUGAUGAUGCAGAACAUUUAGAAAAGCGGCUGUCGUCUUUUAAGGGACAAAACCUUUCCAGGUCUUCUGACUCUGAUAGUGACGUAAGUAGUGUUGGUCCCGUAUAUAAUAAUGCACAAUCCCGACGACAAUCAACAGCCAAACUGAACGGCCACGGUCGAACAAUCAAAUGUCAGGAUGAUGGCGAUGGCGAACAAUCAAGUGCUUCUGGUGUCUCCAGUCUUGGGUUUUCUGUCCAACUACAUCUUGCUGCUGGAAUCUCACGAAGUCGCCAGAAAGGUGCAAAGCAAGAUGUUUCUGAACGUCAAGAUAAUCAAUACAGCGAUCGCAUGUCGGCGAACGACUCAAAUGCUAAAGUCGACAAUGGUUUUGCGCAAAGUUUUGCAUCAGAUUCUAGCGCGUCAAUGGGCUCUCCACUCACCAACGUCACCAACAUGACGUCUUUAGUAGAUAAGGUGCUACCUUUGCAUCUACGUGUACCCGCAAUGAUAUACGGAACAAAAUCUAUGACAAAACCUCCCCCACCGAUGCUUUGGUCAGAAUCUUCCGUGUCUUCUAGCUCGAACGCAAGCGAAUCUUCUGACAGGGUAUUGCACUCUACUAGUGAAAAAAUGUUCUUAUCAUCGAAAGCGAGUCCAAGCGAUUCUCAAUGUGUCUCUUCAUCGUCUCCAAUUCAUGAUGCAAGAAGUUCUAGUAACGACGAAGAGAAAAUGUCGGAUGAGAGCAGCUUGAGCUCAUUUGACCAUCAUAAGAACCAAGUCAUGUUGUCGACACAUAUCUCAUCGAGAAAUACAGUCUUACAACUUCCGCCGCCUCCUGUUGGACCGGUCGACAUGAGUCAGCGACCUCUUUCAAUGCAACAUUCCAGUAAAUCUCAAGUGUCUCUUGUCCAACAAUCGAACGUGUGGUCUGCUGAUACGCACCAACUACUGCCACCAUCGCGUCCAUGUAACGAUAUGACACAGCCACCAACUCCUUUCCAAAACUUUCACAUCGACUCCCAGUCGUACAUAAGUGAUGAUGAGCGAAAACUCGAUGAUUCAAGCAAUGAAAGCAAUACAUCAGCCAAAUUCAGUGCCGAACGUAAUAAUUUCUCUAUAACUUCUCGAUCAUCUCGGCAUGUGAAGAAAGCGGAAAGAUUUGUAGUCCCUACAAAUAAUUCGAAUGUCGAAACAAAGGACGAGAAUGGGAAGGAACUGUCGUUAGCUGAAGCUUUUAAAAGACGCCAUCCAAGAUUCAGUCAUCAGGUCAAACGACAUCGUGAUGAAAUGAAAGGCCAUACAAAGAAGCUACAGGAUCAAGUACAGACGUCGAAGCAACCGGUCGUUGCAAAUCAUGAUACAAGUGAUGAACUUCCGGUAGAGAAAAGGGAAUUACUCACUCGUUUGACAAGCGGCACGCGGGCCAAGAUUUCAAGUCGUGAGAUGAAAGACCGAAGCCGACGACUGUACCAUCAAUUACCAGAGGUUGUUGAGCGAAAACGACAGGAGGAAGUUAUGCGUAGACGACGUGAGCGUCUGGACGAGCUGCGUGAACAGGAAAAGGAGCGACGUUUUCAACACAAGCAGCGCAGACAACAGCAGCUCAAAUAA